AUGGCCAGUUCCCUUGCUUCUCUAGCUGCCGCCGCCUUUGCCCUCCUCUUCCUGGCCACUGUCCAAGCCGCCGACCCCGAGCUGGUUUCGGACUUCGCGGUGCCCGACGGCGCCGAUGAGAGCAAGCUGGACGGGGUCUUCUUCACCUACACCGGGCUAAGAGACGGCGCACCGUCCAGCACCACCGGGCUCGGGCGGAAACAGGUGUCGGUGAAGGAGUUUCCGGCUCUCGACGGCAUGGGCGUGUCCAUGGAGCUCCUGGAUUUUGCGCCCAACUCCGUGAACGUGCCGCACCACCACCCGCGCGGCGGCGAGAUCCUGUUCGUGGUGGACGGGUCGCUGACCGUCGGCACGGUGAACAGCAACGGCAAGCUCUACAAGAACGUGUUGCAGAAGGGAGAUGUCUUUGUCUUCCCCAAGGGGUUGCCUCACUACCAGGCCAACUUCGACAAGGCCAACAAGGCGGUGGCCGUGUCGGCUUUCGGCAGCUCCAGCGCCGGCACGGUGGCGCUCCCGAAGAACUUGUUCGGCUCCAACAUUCCAGACGAGGUGCUCACGAAGGCCUUCAAGAUUUCGGCUGACAUUGUUCAGCAACUCAGGUCUGCCCAGAACUGA